AUGCGACGCAAGUCAACAUACAUUUCACAUAUUGUGAUCUUACUCAACUUGUUAAUAAGUAACGACGUCGUCGGCAGUUUUGAGAAUGGAAUAAAUAUCCAACCUGAUCGGAUCAACACAAAGUCAAGAUCAGAUCACUCCGUUCACACCGGCUCAACAAUCUGGCAAAGCUCUUCACGGUCUAGUGAGAAUUCGAUUGCAGGAAAUCAAUUCAUUCAACCUCAAUUUACCAACUCACAGGAGAUCAAAGAAGACAAGGAUCAGAAAACCGCCCAUACUUUCCACAAGAAUUGGCAAGGUACUGUCCAUUUAUUCAAGCGACACAAUUUUUCCAGGACUAAAUCCAACCUUGCGUUUUUUUUCUUGCAAUGGAACUUCUUCAAUUACAAAGAUGUGGUGGAUGUACCGCAGCGGUUUGAAAAAGUGCUCGUCAAAAGGGCAUUUGAAGGUGUUGGGAGCUCUAUCUCUGGACUCGGGAAAAGCAUCGAAGGGCUAGCCAAGAACAACAAUGUAGAAGAUUUCUCUGGUCUUCCUAAAGUAUUGAGAUACAAGAAGCUGACUGUUUCUCUUCAUGAUGACGAAACACUUUUAGAUGUUGAUCUUUCAGACCUAGGACCAGGUUAUAAAGGAUUAAGAGGAUCUGGCCAGGACGAUUCAAAGUUUGAUAGAGACAUAUCUUUGUUGGGUGCUUUGGACUCUGAUCUUGAAGUCAAUUCAUUACCAGAGGAAUCCAAAUUACCACCGGUUCAAAAGCCUUCAAGGUCUGAAUCUCUUCCCAUCUUAUCAUCAAAAGAAUCUCAAGAAAUUCACCGAUUAAAAGUCCUAGAACACCUAGAUAUAAAGUACAAGCCUUUUUCUGAGUUAACAGACCAAUUCAUGAGAUCCGUACCAGAUCCAAAUCACGAAGAAAACGAUGAGCUCAGUAUUCUGGCUCACCUUGCACUUUACUCUGAGAAACUUUUAUUCCAAUCAGCACUUGAGGGUGAAAAGAAUGUGAAGAUUGAUCAACUAGCUACUCAACUUGAAAAACAUAGAAGUAUUUAUGUGAAUGAACUAAAGAAAGGAGUGGAGACCAAAGAAUUUUUAAAUGAGGUGUAUGUUGAAGCACUGGAAAAGGAAGUAUCUGACAUGAGGAACUCGAUAUGGGCACGCACAGUGACCCCAUCCGAGCUCAAAGCUGUACAAGCUGACGAGGUUACUCUAGCCAAGCAAGCCAAGCGGGUUUCGUUUCUAGAAACCUUGGAUGAAUCUGAAGGAAGACAAAAGGCAUCAAAAGACAUUAUGAAGAAAUCACUAGCGAAUAUUGCAGCAGACGCAUACUUAGACACUAGAACCGCACGAUCAAACACGGUGAUCAAUCCACCUAAAGAUGCGACCAAAAAGAUGGUCAUCAAACUAGCUAAUCAAGCACAAGACGCAGCAUUGAUCCUUGAUUCUGGCCCUCUAAGGAACAUUCAAAAUGGAAAACAAGCACGAGAAACUCGAAAAGCUUUCAAGUUGUAUAUCGAAACGUAUGCACAGAGAAAUCGGAUUGACUAUUCUUUGCUCAUAGAUUUGCAAAAGAUUUCUGAUAGAAGAGAGAUUCGGGUUGAAACAAGAUUGUCGUUUUGGUCUGAUCACCUUAAGACCAAGUUCAGAAAGCUUAUAUCCCAACUAAUUACGUCAAUUUUCAAAAAGAACAAAGAAGUUUCUUCAUGA